AUGGCGGCGGCGCGUGUGCUCUCUGUUGCCGCGGUGCUUCCCAUAGGCGGCGGCGGCCCCCCAGAGGCCUUUCGCCGGCGAAUCGCCACGACGCGCCACGGCCCACGGGAGAGGCGACCGGCGACGACGCCACCAUGGCACUGCCGCAACAAGGACGAGAAGGACUUCGUCGGUAAUGAACGCCUCUUCUGCGACUUUUGCCUCGAGGAGGACGAGAAGAAUCCCCUGAAGUGGGUCAAGAAACUGGCAAGCUCCGACUUCCGGGAGCUAUGCGAGGCCUACUACUUCUGCGCCGCCUCCACAGAAGGCUUCUGCGAGCGUUGCUGCCCCGUGUCCACCUGCCAUGGGCACAAUGACCACGAUAACAUAUUCCAGGUCAUGCACCCGGGGGAACUGCUCCUUGUCAGACUGGGGGACGUUAACAAGUUCUAUGACUGCACUGACAUCCAGCCAGACAUUCCAGGGUCGGUGCUCAUUCAUCCCAGGCCGGAGCCGCUGCUCGGUGGGGAUAAGUCGUGCGGCUACAGAGAUUGCCACCACGAGGUCGCCGAACCAUACACUUUCUGCUCUAUCUGCUGCAAACACAAGGAGAACCCGUAUAGCAAUUGGAUGUGGCGGGUGCAAGGACUCUUGAAGCGUCCAUUCAUACCCAGACACCGAUGGAACAGAUUCUGCCUGGAAUGCCAUGCCCCAUUCGGUUAUCAAGUGUGUGAGCAUCACGGCAAUCACUUUACUGUCGCGGUCAUAGAAAGUGAAGGCGGUCUUGUCGUACGGUUCCCAGCAGGCAUCGGCUCGGAGUGGUCCAAUACCAGGUGGCUUGACUGCUUGGGUGCCGUUCAGAGCACUAGGAAGGACAUGGAUGGUGGGGUGCUAGUGCUAGUAGACUUCAUAGUUGACGUGCCGUUGACGCGGCCGAAGCAGUUGAAUUCAGAGCGAUGGCCCAAGUCUUGUAGUGAGUGCGACAAUGGUAUCAACGAGGAUAAGGAGUAUUGCUCAAUUCAGUGCAUGGCUAGUAAGCUUCCAGGUGAUUAGUGAAGGGAAAUGGAUCAAGUGUUGCAAAACCAAAAUGGGGGCGUUGACAGACAUGAUUUUUCUUGAUAGAUGCAGUUCAUGUGGAUAAUUUUCCUUUAUAUUCUUUUAUUCUUCAUCUUCACUGUCCAUGUGGAAAAGUGAAUGAUGUGUCGACUGAAGUGAUACCUACAAAACUUUGCAUAAAUACUGAGUUACUGGUUCCAGCAGGAAUGUAGUUACCUGCUGCAAUAUCCUCCCUCUACAAGGCUGUACAAUUCACUUAGCAAUUAUCCGUUUAUGAACAACUGUGUUAGUUUUUAGUAUCUACUUUGUGAGAAAAUCAGGCCAAUCUUUACUAUAUUUUUAUUGGCAUACUUGAGAUGUAUGUGAUUGUUUCCAGUAUGAUCGUGUAAAUGUUGUUGUUAUUGAACUUGUUUA